GUCCGCGCGGAAAUGAAUCGCGAUGAAUAUGACGGGAAAAGCAUCAACGCCAAGAUGUUCAGAUCGUAGUUCCGUUUUGAGGAUAUUUUCAAAUUUCCGUUCAUUGUGCGAUGGUAUCAGCGUUUGAAGCGGAUUUAAUCCUUUCAGAAUGAGUUCGAACCCCGCAAAUCGUGAAUCUUUUGAUCUCGUGUUGCAUGUGGCCUUUGUGGGUUUCAUGAGGAUUUGACGACCUAUUGGACAUCGGAUGGACCCGGAUCUCGGCGUAUGAGUAUUUUUUUCUGAAUUACCAACUGGAAUGACGAUGAGCACGGCUGAUAGCACAACGUCAGGUAAUCUUUCCAAUACGGAGGACUCGCUGGCCUGGUCCAACUCGAGCUCGGCGUCCACCUCGAAGCCCGUGUUCGCCAACGAAGAGUCCAAUGGGUCCUGGAAAGACGACUCCCUGGAAAUGGAAGUGGAUGCGAACGGAGUGCAGUGUAAUGAAUGCAAUAUCGUGUUGCCCUCGCGUCAAGCAUUGCGGAGCCAUGUGACUUCAGUGCACGGGUACGCGACGAGUUGCGAGACCUGUGGCGCCGGGUUCGCGUCUCCGGCUGCAGUGAAGAAGCACCACAUUUUGACACCCGAGUGUCGGAGCCACAAGUGUGUCGAGUGUCCGAAAACCUUCACGAACGCCUUCCAGCUCAACAUUCACACGCGGAGGGUUCAUUUGAAGGAGCGGUUGAACGAGUGUCCGCAGUGCAAUCGCAAGUUCUUCAAGGUGUCGGAUUUGAAAGCGCACAUGAACGUUCAUAUGGGGUUGAAGAAGGUGUGCGAUAUAUGUGGGAAGGAGUUCCAUCAUGUGUCGAAUCUCACGCGGCAUCGGAAUGUUCAUCUUUCCAUCAAGCCAUAUGUGUGCAAAUAUUGCGGGAAGCGAUUUGGACAAGUGAACAUGCUGAGGUACCAUGUUGCGGCUCAUCAGUCAGACAAACCGUUCGCUUGCGUCCAUUGCGAUGCAACUUUCAACUCCAAGACCCCUUUGCAAAGGCAUAUCAGGGCCCAGCAUGCAGAGGCACGACAGAAUAUGAGCUCGCAGGUCAGGCAAUACUAUUGCUGUGUUUGUGGCGAGAGUUUCGGGCUUUGUGAGGAAUACAGAGCUCACGAACUGGGCCACGAAGAGCGUCAAGAGCUCACUUGCACCGAGUGCAAGCGGUUCUAUACCGACCUGGAAGAAUUCCGAGGCGCCCAAGUUGUGCACAAUGGUACCCAGUACGUGGUGGCGUUGUUUGAUAACGGGGUACUGGAUCCCGGGGCCGCCGGCGGCGAUGCCCAUGUGACGGAACCCAAUUCAGGGAUGACUUCUGCGGAUGGUCUCCCGCAGCACUUGCAGUUACCUGCGAACAUGAUCUUGACUGACCCCAGGCAACCCGUCGUCUUGACCGAAGACCCUGGAGGAGGUGGAGGAACGGCGUUGGAGAAAUUCGGAAAUGCCUUGGCCGGGAUGAAUGAUGCGGAGUUUGCAGCCGGAUUGAAAGGUUCAAGGGAGACGACCAGUUACGUGGAAGAAAUUAAAACCGAAGAACAUAUCUUGUCCCGUGAAGAUUUCGAUGCCGUGGAAGGAUCCAAAGAGCUCGGGCCAGGUGGCGGCGGCAUCCAACUGCCCGACGGCAGUUUCGGCUACAUUCAAAAGUCCGCCACGGAUCCGAAUACGUUUGUGUUUUCGGCGGCUGAACCCGGUGUGCCGCAGCACCAGCACGAUCAGCAGCACACUGAGUUGGUGGAAGAGAACCACUUUGAUGAGGAAGAGGAGGAUAAUGACGAAACGGUUUUGGAUCAGACGACUUUGGAGCAACUGUUGAUUGACGGGGGUUUUGCUGAUGAAACUGCGGGGAUGACGGAUCAGGAUCGAUUUUUCAUGAAUGAAACUAUUGAAGAGGUUGCCUCUGGAAUUUUGCAUCAGGAAUCUCCAGUGUCGGAAAACGGCGACGACGUGUUGGUCCAAGAAACCGGUGAACUCAAGUGCCCGCAUUGCGGGAAGCGCUUUGGUCGCAAGUACACGUUCAAGCAGCAUUUAGGGAUCCACGAUCCCGCACUGCACAUGUACCGUUGCGGACUGUGCAACAAGUCCUUUGCGUACAAAACCACGCUGAAGAAGCAUUGUUUGGCCGUGCACAAGUGUUUGCCGGACGUGCUCAUGGGCCGAGGACUCGUCACUGCCGACCCCAGUGUCUGCGGGGACAUUGUGGCUGCCGUCGGCAUCAAGAAGGAGAAGCUCGAGGAUUCGGAAGACGUUGCUCAGGACCAUGGAAAGAAGAUCCCAGAGAAGAACCACAGGUGCGACACCUGUCCGAAAGCCUUUGCCAAGAAACAUGAUCUCGUUGUACAUCAAAGGUCGCACACGAAAGAGUUCCCGUUUGCGUGCUCGGGUUGCGCUGUAAGGUUUAAUCACGUGAGCCACGUGAAGCGGCACGAGAAGUCUUGCAAAAAGCUCUUGGCUGUGGCGGCAGCGGCUCAGAAGGAAGAGGAAGACGCGGCGGCGGCGUUGGCGGUGGCGGCGACGACUGCCAGGAACGGCAAGGACAAGGAGCUGUUUCCGGAAUGCUUCAUUUGUCAGCUGGACUUCGAUGACGUGGCCAAGCUGCUGGAGCACAUGGAGACAGUGCACGAUAUCACUGUCGAGUCGUCCAAGACCUCUGGCGGUGGCGUUGUGGAAGUUUCUGAGACCCUGGGGGCAAGUUGA